CAGGAUAGGUUAAAAAACAAAAUAAUAAUAUAAAAACAAAAAAAAAUCAAUAAAUCAUGUCAAAGACAAGAAUCGGUUUUAAUUAAAACAAUUAUUAUACACCCAGUAUUUGGUUUUCUAUACAUACAUCUAUCAUCGUUACGAAUGAUAAUAAUAAAAUAAUAAUGGAACUUUAAUAAAUUAUUCUCGUAUUAAAACACACUGACACGAAUACUUACCACUACCUAUUGGUUCAAAUAAGGAAUCGGUAGGUGUUGCUACUACGUCAUGAAUGGCAUAGGCUGUACCCAAUACUGUAAAUGGGCGUGUUGGGAAGGAGGAGAGUAGGACAGUCGCUUCUUGGUCACUGAGACACACUCACUCCACUAGAGAAGAGAUAAGUGAAAAUGUCGCGUGAGAGUAACGACAGUCGGGAAAAUAUAUGUGAUGCAGUCAGUCGGGUCCUCAAGGGUUACGAUUGGACUCUCGUCCCUCCUCCGACCCGACACAAUGAUGCUGAUAAAAGAAGACCCCAUAUUAAACGACCCAUGAAUGCUUUUAUGGUAUGGGCCCAAGCGGCACGAAGGAAACUGGCCGAUCAAUACCCUCAUCUACAUAAUGCCGAGUUGAGUAAGACUUUAGGAAAAUUAUGGAGGUUGCUGGGGGAAGAAGAGAAGAAACCUUUCCUAGAGGAAGCUGAGAGAUUAAGAGUGGUACAUAAAAGCGAACAUCCAGAUUAUAAGUAUCAACCGAGGCGCAGAAAGCAAAAAUCUGAUCGAAUCCGUCCGUCUGCACCUUCGUCUCAAGUGCAAGGAGCAACUGUUAUUUUUAGAUGCCUAAAAUCGAGCAAAUCAGAUAACGAAGUCCAUCCAACUAGUCCACCAACGCCUCCGACUACACCGAAGCAGACAGAAAUUUCAAACUCUAACGAAAAACAGAGAACUUCUAUAGCUAAACCGGCGGAAACAUCCAACCAGAACCAUCCGAUAGAUUUCAGCCAUGUUGAUGUCGGUCAAUUAACGAGUGAAGCCGUAGAUUGCUUAGACGAAUUGGAUCAGUAUCUUCCAUCUCAGACAUACAGAUCGACUGCUAACUGGUCGGGAUGGUAUCUUCCACCAUUUACAAAUGGCUCGGAACCUAAUGGCUAUCGUUUCUCAUCUUCUAAGUUGGAUCCUUCUUCCAUCAACGAGCCGUUGGCCUCCGAACCAAAGGACAAUCUACAGUCAACCAAGUAUUAUGACCUGACUAGGUCGUCCAGGUCAAAUACCCAUUCUGUAUACAAUGAAUACGCCAAUCAGCAAGCUUAUUACAGUUAUUAUUCUGAUCAAAAUUACCAAUCGUAUCAAAAAAAUGGAUAUUGCGACCAAUGGUGAUACACGACGAUGGAAUUCUAAGCUUUAUCUAUAUUUUAAAAACCGAACAGUUCAAAUUUUUAAUCGAUCGUUCUACAUAUUUUAAGAACUUUUAUAUUAUGUAGGUAUGUAUCAUACAUUUAUACGACUAAUUAGUAAUGCUAGUUUGCUACAUAAAAAAUUAUAUAUGGUUUUUCUUUUUUUUUUUUUAAACUGUUAACCACGUAAAUAUGUAUAGAAUCAAUUCUGUAAAUAAAAUCUAUUUUCUCACA